AUGAUAUGGAAAUGUAAACAGUUUCUACGGGAGUGCUUUCUAAUUCUGCUAUUAACUUGCAUCACUGUUUUUGUCCUGAAUCUUGGUGCCAAGAAGGGUCUCCUAACUUACAACCGGGACUAUUUUCCUGUGAAAAGCCAACAUUUUACAUGGAAAGGUAACUUACCCUCAUCUGGUGCUUAUAAAGCAAAGUGUUCAGAGCUGGAGGUAUUUACAGAAUCCCUUUACGAUGUGAACUGUACAGCUAUUUUACAAGGGGAUGUUAGGGAGAUCGAGAGAAGUCAACUACUGAAGGUGCAAACUAUGUUAGAAAUUCUGAAUGAUUCCUAUUAUACUGAAGCCACACAGAACUGUGAGAAUUUCAUAAGGAGCAGAAAAUACAUCAUGUUUGCUCUCAGUAAGGAAGAGGAGCAAUUUCCAAUUGCUUACUCUGUUGUCGUUCAUCAAAGAACUGACCAGUUUGAAAGACUUUUGAGGACAAUUUACACACCCCAGAAUAUUUACUGUAUACAUAUUGAUAACAAAUCAUCUCUUGAUUUCAAAAUUGCAGUUCACAACAUUGCAUCCUGUUUCCCAAAUGUUUUUAUUGCAGGGAAGUUAGAGAAUCUUGUUUAUGGCUCCUGGUCGAGAGUCCAGGCAGACCUCAACUGCAUGGAGGAAUUGUUGGCAAGGCAUUUAAGCUGGAAGUAUUUCAUCAAUCUGUCUGGUAUGGACUUUCCCAUCAAAACCAACUCUGAGAUCAUCCAUCAGCUACAGCAUUUAGAAGGGGGCAGCAGUUUAGAGUCUGAAGUAGCUACAGGGAGGAAACAAUUACAUUGGAAAUAUAGCUUCACAGUGGUCAAUAGGAAAAUGGUUAAGACAAAUAUAGUUAAGAAAACAAUAUCUCAUGUGGCCUCCAUAUUCUCAGGUAGUGCCCACAUGGUGGUCGGUAGACAAUUUGUUGAACAUAUCCUUAAGGACCCAAAAGCAAAGCAACUUUUUGAAUGGUCAAAGGACACUUAUAACCCUGAUGAGUUCAUCUGGGCCACUCUACAGCGGAUGCCUGGUGUUCCUGGCUCUAAACCUUCACAUCCUAAGUAUGAUGUGAGUGAUAUGAGGUCUAUGGCCAGGCUGGUUAAGUGGAAAUACUUAGAGGGUGAUGUAACAAAAGGAAAAGCCUAUCCUUUGUGCACGGGUUCUCAUCACAGGUCCAUCUGUAUUUAUGGAGCUGGAGAUCUCAACUGGAUUCUUCAACAACACCAUCUGUUUGCCAAUAAAUUUGACACUGACGUGGAUCCUAUUGCACUUCAGUGCCUUGAGCAGUACCUACGGCAGAAAACCAUGGUUGGCUGUGGCACAUAA